CAAAGCCUCGCCCCCUCCCAUCUAUACGUGGUCGGCAGAUUAGAUUAUAUUUUUGUCUUUGAUUUCUCAUUUCUUUCAGUUCUGUCAAUCUAUAGCUCUAGCAGUCUCUGAUUGUACUGCUAUCCCGAGGACCAAUCAAAGUGCACAGUCAUGAAGUGAUGCGGAUACAGUACUAGUAACAGGCAAGGCAUGGAGAGAACACGGGUCGCUAAGGUUGAAGAUGUGACCUUGGCGCGCCGAGGCGAACAGGUGGUCGGCACCCUCCACCUCACCCCUCACCACAUUAUUUUCUCCCACAUCCCCUCCUCAACCGACACCACGCAGCCCCAGGCCCCUGCUGCCCGGCCCAAGGAGCUCUGGAUAACAUACCCCAUCAUCUCCUUCUGUACCUGCCGCCCCACCCCCGCCGCAGCCCGCCAGCCGUCCUCAAUUCGCCUCCGUUGUCGGGAUUUCACAUUCGUCUGCUUCUAUUUCACCACCGAGAGCAAGGCGCGUGAUGUCUAUGAGACCAUAAAAUGCUGGACAUGCAAGGUCGGGCGGAUCGAUAAGCUGUACGCCUUUACAUAUCGACCUCCCCCUCCGGAGCAGAAAUUCAAUGGCUGGGAGCUGUAUGACCCGAGAAAAGAAUGGAAUAGACAAGGUGUCGAUCGGGAUGGCUCUGGCUGGCGUAUCUCUCAGCUGAACACAGACUACGGGUUUUCCGCGACAUACCCUGCUCUUCUACCAGUGCCCUCGUCCAUUUCAGACAACACACUCAAUCAUGCGGGAAAGUAUCGGUCCCGGGCGAGAGUCCCUGUUCUGACAUAUCUCCAUCCCGUGAACAAUUGCUCCAUCACAAGAAGCUCGCAGCCCCUUGUAGGUGUGCGUCAGAACCGAAGCAUUCAGGAUGAAACAUUGCUAGCAGCUAUAUUCUCGACUUCUCGUUCAGAGAGACCGCUCGCAAGCUUUACCCCAUCUGGGUUUGACCCCGAAUCUUCCCAAGCAACACAAGGAAAUGCCUCACGCAGUCACAUGCUGGCUGAUCUGACGCUUCCUGAGGACUUGGAGGAUGAGAUGCUGACAUCUUUCCCUGGAGACACGGAAGAAAGGCCGCAAAUCUAUGGCGCUCAACAGCACAACUUGAUUGUUGACGCCCGACCCACUGUCAAUGCCUUUGCCAUGCAGGCGGUUGGUCUUGGGUCGGAGAACAUGGACAACUAUAAGUUUGCUACUAAGGCUUACCUUGGGAUUGACAACAUCCACGUGAUGAGAGACUCCCUGAGCAAGGUGAUUGAUGCAUUGAAAGACUCCGAUGUCACUCCACUAGGCCCAAGCAAAGACCAGCUUGCACGAAGUGGUUGGUUGAAGCACAUCUCCGGCAUCCUGGACGGUGCUCGGUUGAUUGCUCGGCAGGUUGGGCUGCAGCAUUCUCACGUCUUGAUUCACUGUUCAGACGGGUGGGAUCGUACGAGUCAGUUGAGCGCGCUGAGUCAGGUCUGUCUCGAUCCUUACUAUCGAACGAUGGAAGGGUUCAUGGUCCUGGUAGAGAAGGACUGGCUCUCUUUUGGACACAUGUUUCGGCACAGAUCGGGCCACCUGAACAGUGAAAAAUGGUUCCAGAUCGAGAACGAGCGCAUCGGGGGAGAUUCCAACCGUGGGUUUGGUGAAGGUGGUGGUGCCGGUAGAGCCAUCGAAAAUGCAUUCCUGAGCGCCAAAGGCUUCUUCAACCGAGAAAACGCCAGUCGCGACUCACUUGGGGAAUCGGACGGGGAAAUGCAGAACUACGACUCGGAGAACAUGAAGAAGGCCACCUCCAUACCCAGGACAGCUGCGGCUGAAAAGGAAGUGACCAAGGUGAAGGAGACCAGCCCCGUCUUCCAUCAAUUCCUCGAUGCGACAUACCAAUUGCUAUACCAGUACCCGACAAGAUUCGAGUUCAACGAACGUUUCCUGCGCCGACUGUUGUACCAUCUUUACUCGUGUCAAUUUGGCACGUUCCUCUUCAACAGCGAGAAGGAACGUGUGGACUGGAAUGCAAAGGAACGAACUCGAAGCGUAUGGGACUACUUCCUAGCGCGGAGGGAGCAGUUCUCCAACCCUCAGUACGACCCUCAGAUCGACGACCACAAGCGUGGGAAGGAGCGGCUUAUCUUUCCGCGGAUUAACGAGGUGAGGUGGUGGAGCGAGGCCUUUGGUCGGACUGAUGCAGAGAUGAAUGGCGUGCGGUCAUCUGGUUCUAGACCACCUGCCGAUCGCGAUGCCAGUAGUGUCGAACCAUCGCCAGUCUUAACCGGCAUUGAGACUGCCCACCACGCGGUCGGCGCUGGAUCACCUGGCAAAGACGCCUUCAAUGCUGCUUCAACUGGAAUGGCGGCAGUAACUGCGGGAAUCUCAAGCCUCGCAUUCCCUAGGAGCAAGGAAAACAGCCCGGAAGCUAAAAGCUUGAACCCAAUGGAAGUUGAGAUGCAAUGACCCGCUUCGGAGAAAUCUACUCUUGAGAGUCCGCAUACAGAUCAAUGUAUUUACGAUGGCCUACUGGGGGACGGUCAGAAUAGGCCCAGAGGGGACGUGAAUGUCCGUGUCAUCUAUGCGUGUAUGCCUGUUGUUCUAUUGUUUGACGCUGCAUUUUCCCCAGGGAGGGAAGUAGAGUACAGUUUACCGUCGAACUAUGAUUGCAUGAAUACAAGAACGAGGUCCAGCAUUGCCAGUGCCGAUGCUGGAUUGGGAAAUAGAUGGGUUUG